AUGAGCCCUGGCGUUUGUACCAUCAUUGAAGCCGUUGAUCGCGAGUGCUUGGCAGUGGCCGCAGGGUACGGAUGCUACGUCGACAGCGCCCUGCAGACGUUCAAUCGCAAUUACGACGAAAAGGCCGCUACACUGAAUGAGUUUGCUUGCAUCACGGAAGCGCACAACAAAACAAAGGGCAUUCAAACACGAUUCCUCGACCAAGACGUUCCCUACUGGCUAGUUCUCUGCUCCGAAUUGGGGGCCAGAGCCGCUAUUCCUACUCUCUUUAUUGAUCUUGUUAUCCUCCUCGCCUCUACGCUCCGGGAUACCCCUUUCCGAGGCACUGGUAUGACCCUCAAAUCUAUGGGGCUGCAUCGAGCCACUGUGGAGGAAAUCUGCGAAGCCUUCCGAGGGAUCGAUGCUACGCAUAAUCUGCAAGCUACUAGGGCCGUGUUUGUUAAGGAGGCUGUUUCUUUAGCUCCCGGUGCGAAGUAG